GGAACCUGCGAUAGAGAAAUUGAUUGAGCUAUACUCUCUAGCUUUUGUGUAAUCUUGACCAGCUCUAGAAGUCACUCAACUAUUUUAUCACCACAAAAAAAAUGGAGUUUGAUGAGCUCCCAGGUUUUCGAUUCCACCCAACAGAAGAAGAACUCCUAGAUUUCUACCUUACAAAGACUGUCUUAGGUCAAGACACAGCUGAUAUCAUUGGUUUCCUCAACAUAUACAAUCACGAACCUUGGGACUUGCCAGGAUUAUCGAAGAUAGGGGAGAGGGAGUGGUAUUUCCUUGUGCACAGGGAGAGCGUUCUUGGGAGACCGAGGAGGACAACCGAGAAAGGUUACUGGAAGGCAACUGGUUCGGACCGGCCCAUCCGAUGCUUGAUGGAUCCGAAAAGGUUGUUGGGUCAUAGAAAAACUAUGGUUUUCUACGGAGGAAGAGCUCCACGAGGGAGCAAAACGGAUUGGGUCAUGAAUGAGUACAGAUUGCCUAGCAACUGCUAUUUAUCGAAGGAGAUUGUGCUUUGCAAAGUAUAUAGAAAGGCAACACCAUUGAAGGUCUUGGAGCAAAGGGCAGCUAUAGAAGAAAUUGUUAGAGCACCUAACGUCACAUCUUUAUCUCCUCCAAUGCAAGAGAAUUUCUCUUUUUAUGACCACCAAAAGAGCUUCGACAAGUUCUUGAUAGAACAAAAUAAUGUUGUUCACAGAGUAGAGGGAGUGACAGUAAUAGAAGAAGAAGACAACAAAAUUGGUUACCCAUCCCAAAUAAUGGGAGUUCGACCCAUCAAAGAGCACUACUCCGAGCUCCUGUCACCAAAGUUAGUCCUGGAUUGGACCAUGGAUUCACUUUGGCCUAACUAAGGAGCCAUAAGCUAGAUAUCCCCUGAUAUUUUACUAAAUACUAGUAUUUUUCCAUGUAAUUCUUGGGUUAUCCCAGUUGUAACUUGGUGGGAUUUUCCCAAAGAUCUCAACCGUAAAGACUAAGUUUGAUGUUGGUUGAUGUUUAUGAUUGAAAUGAUCAGGGAAAAAUAAUUUUAAAAAUA